GGCAGGCUCACAUAGCCGUUGAUAUGUUUAUCGUGUUCUGCGCAUUGAUAACCAAAUAUCACGUACCCGGGGUGGCGACACGUAACACGUCUCCUGCCACUCAGUCAACAUGGCAUGAUGUCACUGUUAUCAACACUGCCGUCUAGUCACACAUCAAAGGCUUUUUCUCAGAAAUGACUUCCUUGGGACCUCCGGGUACAUACCUAGGUAAGUCUUUCUCCUACCCGCGCCUCAAACGCUUCAAUGAACUCUUCUGCAUUUUAUUGACUGUGGGAGGGGGCGUGUUUCAUUUUUUUUUACAAUUUUCUGAAACACAUUAGCUAAACUUUCUGCAGUGGUGUCAUGGAGUUUAGUUGAACGAAGUUCAGAUGUGCCACUGAACAUUAGAAGAAACAAUGGGAAAAGAAAAUGCGGGUGGAGACAUCUAAAGGUGUGGUCAAGCAGACACACAGACCGCAUCCAUGCAGACUGCACUGGGUCCUCCUCCUGGUCACUAGCUUGACCUUCUGUACCCUGUAUGUUACUGGCACUUUAGGUAUUUCAGCAAACGUGUGUCCAAGUUCAUCUUGCAGUCGGCUGGCUUCACUCACUUGCACGUUUAGUGAGGAUGUUCGCGAGAAUCGACGAGAUUUCAAGAUCGUCGAUAAACAUUCAGUGACUGCACUUAAAUGCAUGUGGAGAAACGAUGAGUCGUACUGUCAUGUGGAGCAGGCUACCGUUACAACUGGACUGUGACAGACAGUGUCACCAUCCAGAAGCCUUAUGACACACAACUGCCAACAUGUUCGUGCUACAUUGUCAGUGCAGACAAAAGUGAUCAUGAACGACCGUGCAGUGUUGAAGACAUGACCGUGGAGCAAGCGGCCCAAAACAACCAAACAGCAGGAGACAGACAGUUGCUGGCGUACGGCGCAAAAGACCGGGCAGUGUGUGACAUCCCACCUACAGAUGUAAACAGCACCGUGACACUAACAUGUUAUUUCCCUGCUGAUGUCAGUGUAAACAAGAAGAAUUUCAUUGUGUAUCACUCAGUCACUACUCAAGCCCCAGUUGCUGUUAUAAAUGCAACAUGGUAUGAAGGCCAGUACCUGUUUUCUCUCGCCCCCGGCUUUGGUCUGGAGGGCUCUCAGUCGGAUGGUCGUGCCUUCACCUUUUACAUACUGCAGGUCAGCAAGGGUCACAAUGGAAUGUACUCCUGCAAUCCUGAUGGGUAUCACGACGGUGACAUCAAGGGAUGUGAACUGGUCCUAAACAAGAGUGGAAGUGAAUCAGUAGACAGCCAUGAACAGAAAGGAAACAGCACAGACUGCUCUAAUCAUUCUAAGACGACAGACAUUUAUUUCAUUUUAUUUAUCAUCGCCACCGUCUUAUCCGUCUGCAUUCCUCUCGUUUGUCUGAUCUUCGUAUUGCGCAGGUAAGCAGGAAAUACUAGU